AUGAUUGAAAAAGAAGCACCACCAAAGUUUACAAAUGACAAUCAAUUUGAAAUGGAAGACAACAUUGAUGAUGAGAGCCAUAUUGCACCAAUGGCUUGGACAGUUAUCAUAGGAGAUACAAUACAUAACAUUGCAGACGGGAUCGCUAUUGGUGUAGCAUUUAGUGAUAGCAUUUUGGGUGGAGUUAGUACUUCUAUUGCUGUCUUGUGUCACGAAGUACCACAUGAACUGGGUAAGUAUACGGCGGAGAGUAAAAAAUGGAGAUUAAGACAGCUAGUAUAGACACAGAGUAGAGACAUACAGAGACGUAACUAGUGUACCCACUUUUUUUGUGCGCAUGUUCGGCAAGUUAGUAGAUGCAUGCAUCUGAUUGGAUGACGACCUGAUGACGACUCACUUUAAACUUGCUGAGCACGCGCAGUUGAUAAUUCUUCGCCCGGUCGCCUAAAAAAAAGUGGCUACAUGAUAACGUAAUCUUCCGCAGUGUUUACAACGGUCAGUUACGUCUCUGUAUGUCUCUACUCUGUGGUAUAGAUUAAAGAACAAGGGAGAGGUUUAUAUUUAACUGUGAAGACCGAAGGCCAGGAUAGUUGAAAGAAAAUGGAUAGGAGCAGACGUGACCUAUUCGAAAUUCGUGAUGUCACGAAUUUUCCUAUAUUUUUCGCAUUCAAGUAACUAAAGUAUAUUGAGAUUCAAAAUGGUUUCAUUAUUCAACGGAAAAUUUAUGUUUUUUGUCUUUGUUUAAGGUUUUUUACUUUCGUAAUCAAGAAACUGGCAUGACAAAAACUAGUAAUUGAAAUUUGUGACGCGUAUUUUACUGUCUAAUAUGUGAUAUGCUCCCUGAAAAUGCAUGAUCAACAAUAUUUAGAUAUUCCAUUGUAGAGUCGCAUGGCUGUGUUCUUACGGUUAUUGACUAAUACUAAACGUGGAAUUAUUUGGGAUUUAUUUAAACGUGGAAUUAUUUGGGAUUUAAAGUGACGUCAUAAUUUUUAACAAGCAGGGUCUUAGCCAGGAUUUGCAACUUGGGUGUCCAAAUUUGAAAUUUCAUUUAUGACACCCAUAUUUUUCCAUAUGGAACCAUGGCACCACUUCAUGCACCAGUAAUUCAAUGUGAUUAUUUCCGCAUGCUGGGAGUAAUCUGUGACCGCACUUGAGAAUCGCUCAAAAAAACUAAUAAUAUAUUCAAUUAUUCAGACUAUGUGACUACUCACUACACUGACUACAGUUUAAGUACAUCUGCCAAUAUAUUAAUCUUAUGAUUGAUAUUAUGUUGUCACUUUCAUGCUAUAAAUACAGUACUUCAGUACUUGUAGCUUUGAUAAGCUAUAGUGUGAGUGAAGAACACAACCAAAAAACAACACAAAGCAACUAAUUAUCUUAUAUAUAUAUAUAGUUAUAUUCUACGGUUUUUGGCAGCUAGGCCUAGGAAUCUUUGGUUUGACAGAUUUGGCAGCUUGCAAGUGAGCAAUGUUUAUGUUUACCGUCCAAAAGCCGUCUUUUUUAGAAGGCCGUCCAAAUUUGAAAAUGGCCGUCCAAAAGACGGCUGGACGGUAGGCUGGCUAAGACCCUGUCAACAAGUCUGCAGAGAGGCCAUGAAAACAUCAUGGAAAACACCGCAUGAGUCCAGUAUUUUUAUGAUCCAUGGUUACAGUUGAAUAAAAACCGAUCGCCGUGGUCUUUUAACUUGUUUAUAUGCUUGGUAGACCAUUUUCUUUUGUUUUUUUGAGGUUUUCCAUUAUGUCUACACGAUUUGUUAAACGAAAUUGACUUACGGCUCGUGGGAUCAUACCUAUAUUCAGGUCAAGGUGUGCAGUUCAUCUUUUUUUCGUACAAAUUAUUGACUCACUGCUUCUGGAAACCGAACUUGCUCAACUGAGGAUGCGCAGUUUGUCUAGUAUGCUCCCACAAUGUUUGAAAUAAUUUGUAGCAUGGAUGUCUAAAAAUAAUUUUGUCAAAAAUGAUCUAGUCCUGGUAAAAAUAUCUAUCACGUGCAUCAGUAAAAAUAAAGCGGCAUACAUGUAUAGUUGCCCUUCGUUAUUUUCACUCAUAAAGAUCCUUGCGGAUCAAAAGCAAUUCUGAAAUAUAAAGUAAACGUGGUGUUUCCCACAAUACCCAAACAAUUGAGCACGCAUUACUAAAAUUUCAAAUUUUCUACCUUCUAACCAGGUGAUUUUGUUGUACUAUUGUCUGCUGGAAUGAGUGUACGACAAGCAGUGAUUGCGAACUUUGUCUCAUCAUGUUUUUGCUUUAUGGGACUUGUGUUCGGAAAGUUGAUUGGUGAGAUUGAAGAUGUGAAUGUGUGGAUUCUUGGAGUGACCGGCGGAUUUUUCCUUUAUAUUGCACUGACAAACAAGGUCAGUAAACUAUUACUUACAUAUACAGCCAAACGUAUUAUAUAAACUAUAACGGUAAUUUUUGUAAGCACCGGAGGGCAACUUAUUCUGUUGGCGUGAAGCAACUCGUGUCAAACGGCAAAAGAACGUCGGAUAAUAUUCUCAUGUUUCGUGCACAAACGUUCUGUUCGAUUUUUAGCGCCAAUCACGAUUACCCUAUAAACGCUAACGAGACGUGCAAGCGUAGGUAGUGUCGAUAACAAGAAAGCGUCGACGUUUCGAGCGAAGGCCACCCUCCACCCAACCCCAGCACUCAUUCCAAAAUCUUAGAACAAAAAAGCCAACAAAUAUGAACUCUGUCACUUUAUCAAGACUUUUAUGGCAAGUUCAAAUGGAAUACUUUGCAAAUCGAUAUAUAAAGUAAAUAAUAUUUAUUCGAUCUUAAUAAAAUAAAUAAAACAAAUAAUACAAAUAUUUUAGUAUUUUCCGACUUAAUGAUUUUUAAUUUACCCACCCUUUGGCUUGGUGAUCAUGAAUUUUUAUUCCACCCACCCAUUUCCACCCAUCAAAUUUUGUUUCCCCACCCAUUUUCUCUUCGGAGCCCCCCCCCCCCCGGGCCAUAAAUAAUGACCGGUCCCUAAUAAUUAGCUGUGUAAAAACCUGGACAUUUAGCUAUUGCAUUUUUUCCCGGAACACCCUGUAUAGUGGUACAUAUAGAGUUGCUAGUGGUCUAAAGAGUGGGUUUCUAAACUAUUGCGUUUAUGAGAUAGUCAGUCUUUAAAAACAAUUUCUCGUGGUAUUGCUCGUGCCCACCGUAGUCCUUUAAAGAACCAAAGACCCGUGCUCUAUAAUUUAUUAAAACAAAAUAUUAAAUAUUUCUUAACAUUAUGUAGUUGCCUGAACUGAUGCACGUUACAGAACAAAGUGACCAGUCGAAGAUCACAUUAUUCCUUCUCCAGAAUAUCGGUGUUAUUCUUGGCUUUGCUGGCAUGUUCUUUUUGGCAUAUUACAAGAAAGACAUCAAUAUUUAG